AUGAUUGAUUUUCGUAUUAUUUUACUUGAUGAAUUAUUUACAAAUAAUUCAUAUGAAUAUUUAUGGAAAGAACCAGAAAUAAAAAAAGAUUUUAUUGAUAAUAUUGAACAAUUUAAAUUUGUUAUUAAACAAACAUUAAAUAAUUUCAACGAAAUUCACUUUAGACAUGAUGAUAUCAAAAAAUUCAUUAAAGAAUAUCAACCAAAUACAAUAACAAAUAAACAAAUAUUUCGUAUAUGGCGAUUAGUUUUAUGUGGUUGUUUACAAGGACCACCUGUUCAGGAAAUAGCAACUUUUUUUGGAUCGGAUAUUGUACGAAAACGAUUUGAAAAUGCACUUGUUGUAUUAGAUCAACAAAAUGAAAAUGUUCAAGUGAAGUUGUGA